AUGCACAGCCCCAGGACGCUACACAUUGGCCAGAACCACAGACCGGGGGGAAUCACUCUGACUGAGAUAGGGGAGGCGCAUUCGUGCCUCAGUGAGGAGCACUUGAGGUCGCGCUCGCCACUUCCCAUGACUGCAAGCCCCUCCCCCCCAAUCUUUUCCCGCGCUUUUGUUGCCCGCUGUAGCAACAACUGCCGCACCAACGUUCUACCCCAGUCCCACCUGCCUUCCUAUUGGCUGCCGGAGAUGCCUCCUGCGCCCCGAUUGGCUGCCGACCACGUGCGGCUGGUGUUGCUGGGGUCGGGGUCGCGGUAGCCGCGUGGCUCCUGCGUCUGGGUGGGAGCGACCUGCGGCUAUGGGUGGGAGCGAGCCAGCCAGCCUGGUCGCGCCUGGGAGCUGUGCCUGGGACAAGCCAGAGUGCGGGAUGAGGCUCUUUUGAUGGAGACAUCUGGAGACUGUAGCAGCCCAUAUGUCAGAGUGACUCCUGGGUUCCUAGCACAUCUGCAAGAGUUGGAGCCCCGGGUGGUAAGAAGACGCUUAUCUCAGGCACGACACCGGGCAACACUGGCGGGACUCUUUAACAGUCUGCGGGAAACUGUUUAUUCUCAGUCAGACAAUUUGGCAUCAAAGUGUCAGGUUUUGCGUAAGGCUAAGAAUUAUAUCCAGGAGCUGGAGCAAACCUUGGGUACUUUGCUGAAGAUGAAAGAGUCCUUCAGUCUGGAGGAUGGGAACCCAUCCAGCUUGGAGGAAGUCAAGGAGGAAUAUAUCAAGAUGUACUUCAACCAUCACAGCUCAGCAUCACCCUCUGACACUACAAGUGAAAGUGGUUCCACCAUGUGGUAUUUGAUUCAAGAAUAUGAAAAAAAAGAUGUGGAAGGGGAUGGGAGAUCCGGACUUACGCAGUCCCCAACCACUUCAUCUCCUGACCUGAUGGAAUUUGAACGGUACCUGUAUUUCUAUAAACAGACAGUGGACCUGCUGGUUGAGAAUGGGAUUGUGUGCACUGAAGAGGUCACUCUCCCUGUGGUCUCAACAGCUAUUUCCCACCUAUGGCAGGAACUUACGGAAGAAAGGAGAGAAAGCGUGUUGCAGUACUGUAGUCAGAGACAGAAUGUCCUCCCAAAUGCCAGGGCUCAGUGUUCUGAGCCUGUGUGCAGUGAAGGCAGUGUGAGGGACAGCACAGCUAACAGUCAGGAAGCCAGUGGUUCAUCAGUAUCCACGCCAGAGGAAGUACUAUUUGAAGAUGCAUUUGAUGUUGCUGCUGGGUUUCUUGACAGAAAUGAGACGCAGACAACGUCCAAUCUAGGUUCAGCCUUCUCAGGCUGCACCUCAGAAAAUCCAGAGGAUAUCCACCAACUCUACUUGCAGAUCAUUGGGUUCUUAAAAGGCCUUUUCUUUGUGAACACGCCAUUUCCCCAGGGAGAUUCUGUUCAGUUUGAUUAUGAGACCGUGAUGCUGAGGUGCACAGAGACCUUUGAUGAUGAAGAUUUGUAAAUAAAGUGUCUCCAGUGACUAGAACAACAGAAGCAUUGCUUGAUGCCCUUGGUCACCACCUCUGCUCCAGAGGGAUGCUUCAGUGCAAGGAUGGAGAAACCAUUGAUGCGAUUUGUUACUGUUGACCU